GCUUAUUUUUUGGAACCUGCUGGCGAACGACAUGCAAGUUGGCGUGCUCCAUUCCCACACUCCAGCAUUUUGCUAGGAUGAGUGUCGUCUUUACGCCUAAGUAAUCUCUCGCUCGCCGCGAUGGCGGAAACGGACUCGUCAGAGGCGACACCUCCGGCCGACGCUGGGCCGAUAUACAAGGCGUUUGACGACCGAGGUGAUUUACAGCUCCUCGUCGGCGUCGCCCCGGACCAGUACAAAUUCAUUGUUUGCUCUCGGACACUUUUGCGGGCUUCAUCGGUUUUCAACACCAUGCUUAAUGGUCCAUGGACAGAGAAGCAGCUAGUUUCCGGCGACUGGGUUGUAGAGCUCCCUGAUGACGACCCUAUAUCGUUACGGCGCGUUCUUACCCUUACCCACGGACGUUUCCGCUAGGUACCGGACACCAUUCCCCUCGAAGAUCUCCAUCGGCUCUGCAUUUGUGUCGACAAAUAUGAUAUUGCCGAAUAUUUGAGGCCUUGGGCCAAAGCCUGGUGCCUGUCUAUGGAGAGCAAGAUGGACGGUACUAUUGAAAAUAGUGCCCGAAUCGCCUGGGUAGCGUGGGUACUCUGGAACAGGGAUCUAUUCGAGCGUUCCAUCAGGUCCCUACUUUAGUCCUCGUCACCAUCGUCACUGACGACAAAGGCGGGUAACGAGUACCUGGCACCCCUGGACUCGACGGGUAUCCUUGCCGGGAUAAUGAUAAUCUCGAUUUCCAAGAUACAACAUCUCCUUAGCUGGCUGUAGGGUAUCUGGACUGAGCGUGUCUCUGAGUCCAACCCUGGCAGUCUUUGUCGUCAACAUAAUCAAAAUGACCGGUGCAAACAAGCCUGAUCAGCCCUCAUUCUUGGGUUUCUUACUGCAUCUCUCUACUAGAAAGGCAUGCUGCCAUUAUCGCACUCGGCUGUUUGUGACGACGAGUUGACGCUUUGUUCCUUCGUAGGAAUGGUAAAGCAAAUCGCUGAAGAGAUCUUGGAACCAGGGGACCGCCUCAAAGCGGGGUGGCAUAGAGAUUGCAGCCCCUCGGAAUCGAUACUGCGGCGCCUCAAGGAAGAGACGAGUGAUCAAGCGUGCCCUGUAUUGGUCGACGCCACCAUCGUGCAUCUAGAGCGACGGGCAAGGCGGAUUGGCGUCGAGUACUAAAUUAUACGAUGCGCGAUUCGACUGCGGCUAGGGCAAAUAAACAGAGGCAACCGGCGGCUCGGAGGGUGAGACUUUACGGGAAGAAAAAUGGAGCAGCAGGACCUUGCGGUAACUACCACAUCUUGGCAUGGUCGGCAUUGAAAUAGUUGCGUGGUUUCUGAGAAUGUCAUCUUCACCUUUCUUCUUGUGCCUUUCCAUUUGCGAUCUUCCAAGGUGUAUCGUAUCCCGAC